UCCGAAUACAUUAAGCACUUCGGUCGGGAAUUUCUACAGAAAUUCAGAUAGAAAAUCGUUUUCAUAUUUUGCGCGAUACAAGACAACACAACUGUGUGCGAUGUGCGAGUGACGAUGGAACUUUAAUAAAUUACAGCCAGACUUUCUCCUUGUGAUUGAAUAAGUGUUUUUUAAACUGCAGUGUUAUCUUUCGAGUUUAAUAAAUCUGGUUCACUAACGAUUCAACAAACAAGAUGUCUCCGGAGUGGGACACCUUGCCGCUUCUUCCGCUGAGGUGCAUCCUGGAGCACCUCAGCCUGGAGGAUGCCAUGGCGGCGAUGUCCACCUGCCGGCAGUGGCGCAGCGCGAUAUUACUGUACGAGGGACGCAAAGAGAAAUUAGUACUAAGAGCAAAACAACUAGAGAAGAGCAUGCAUCUAGCACGAGUGUUCAGGAAACACACACGCAUACUACACAUGUACUUGGACUGCAGCGCAGAAGAUACGGAUGAGUUCAUGAGCUACGUGCUGCCACAAUUCUUUGACUCAGCGAAACUUCGCGAAAUAAUAUUCAUAGGACCAAGUUAUAUACAACAGACACAUUUAAUGCCAGUUAUUAAGAUAAAGCGCAUAAUGACAGAGAGUUUGAUCUACAAACACUUGCAUUGCCUGGAGAGGUUCGGGAUGCUCGGCUGCGAAAUGGGCAUUGCGAAGGUCGACAGCGAAAAGAUCACACACAAGCACCUGGAGUACUACUCCCGGCCGCUGUCCUUCAGCCACGAGGCGGCGCCCUCAGACACGGUGCUGUCGCGCUGCAACACCGGCUUGAUGGUGUUCUCGGCGCUGCAGAGCGUGAUAGUAGACUACGAGCACAUAAACACAGAAGCCUUAGAGACACUAUGUGCUUUAUCCACGUUCUCUUCGCUGACACUGAACGUGGGAUAUCGGCGGCAGCUGCCUUAUGGGCGAUUGGACUGGCCGCGCGUGCACGAAGCACGCCGCGCGCGUUUGCGAGUGCACGUUAACAUUGUUUCUCUGCCCCAUACAAAGUUUGAUGAGGUUAUCGAGAAUGUUCUUGUGGAGGGCAUGACGCUUGUGUCAUUGAAGGUUUUGUUCUGCAAGGCGAUGUACCCAGCCCUACUCGACCACUUGGUAGCGGUUCACAAGGACACGCUGGAGGAGCUGGUGUGGGCCGACUGCCCGUACAACUCCAGCGACGUCUACCACCGCUACCAGCGUAGCCUGGGGCCCGUGCAGUUCCCCGUGGCCAACGUGAAUCCCUUCAUCAUACUGACGUGGCAGUGCACAAAUAUAAGGCGAUUGGUGAUACACGGCUACUGGAUGUGGCAGUACGACUUGCUAGGCUUCGUGCGUUUGCGCAGCACUUUAACCUCUAUAGAGGUUUCGGCCAUCUACGAGAACCAGGAGACUUAUGGGGACACCAUCCCGCGAGUACUGAUAUCGGAUGAGCCUUUACCGCUGCACCCGACGUUUGUACGGGAAAUGAACGAGGAAGGAAAGUACACAUUUGUGCCAAAGACCUGGCAUCAAUUGCAUCCGGGGCUGCGUGCGCGGUCCACGCCUCAAGAUCGCGCCGCCUACACCGUCUGCGAGACGCUCGGCGUCACGUAAGUGCCUCGCCGUAGUACGGCCGUAGCGGCGACCGUAGCGGUGACCGUAGCAGUAGGACUACUCCGUAACGCUUGCAACCAGCUGUAUUCGUCUCUCUCUCUCUCUCUCAUUCCUAGACGCUGGCGACAGCAAUAGACAUCGCGUCACAGAGUAGGCCCGCUAUAGCCGUAUGUAGCGGUCGCUGUAACGGUAUUCGUAGCGUAGUGAUGUAACUUGAAAUUUUUAACAUGUGUUUGACACACUACUAGAAUAUUUUAUUUUGUUCUUUACUUUUCUUGACUUUAUGACUUCAAAAUAUACAGAAGAAGAAAGCAGCUGUAGCAGCUAAUUUUAAAUGACACUCGCUGUAGUAUUUUGAUCUAUUUCUAAUGAUUGUCUAUAAAAAUUAUAUCUAACGUGUGUGUGAUCUCUCGAUUAAAAACUUACUGUACUUAUGAGUGUUAAUAGUGUCAUAGAGUAACUUUACAUUUGAUAUUUCUAUAAUUCUAUUACUACAAACGGUUCCUUUUUCUUGACUGUGAGUGUGCCUAAAAACUACCUACUUAAAACCAGCAUAAGGCUGUCUACCUUUAGAAAAUUGUUAAGAAUUUCGAGUUACAACACUACUCAGGCAAUAUCGCAUAAAGGACGAUGCCAAUUCUGUACUCACCUUUUUAAUAGUUAUUUUUUAACGGAUCAGAAAAAAUCACUGUGGCGAUACAUUCCAAAUUCUGCCUGCCAAAAUUAUAAUUUUGCUAUUUUUCAAAUACUUGUACUAUAUUGGUCUAUUACUUUUUGAAGAAA